AUGGAAGAGGAGGAAGAUGGUGGAGAAGAUGACGUGAAGGAAGAAGCCAUUGAGGGCCGUAGUGAGUAUUCCAUUCUAAAGGGUGUAUUGUCCGCAGAUCCUAGUGUAAAUCCAAAGGAAUAUGUGCUGAUGGUCAUAUAUGGUUUAGAGCAGCGGCUAGCAUUCAUCAAACCAGACGAUAAAGAGUGGACUUAUCUUGACGGUAGAACUUGUUGCUUUGAGGAUCAUGACAAAACAGAUUCCCCUCCUCCUGUCAGCCUGCUAUGGCAUAUGACUGACAUUAUUUUCUACAAGCAACGAUUCUAUGCCCUCUAUUGCAUGGGUCAACUUUUAUCUUGCCAUAUCGAUACCAGUACUGGUUUCAAAGUGAAGAAGAUAACUCCACAGGAUGGUUUGGGUCCUACCUUUGGUAAGGCGUAUUUGGUUGAGUCCCUUGAAGGAGGAGACAUCUUGAGGGUUUUAAGAAGAUAUGGUAAGAACAAAAUGACUACUGGGUUUAAGAUUUAUAGACUAGCGGAUGGUUAUGGAGAUCCGGAGUGGACUGAAGUAAAGAGCUUAGGUGACUUUGCCUUGUUCUUGGGAGAGAAUCAUUCUAUUUCGGUUUCAGCUUCUGAUUACCCUGGAUGUGAACCAAAUUCCAUAUACUUUUGUGGGGAUCAUAUUCGCUGCUCGCAUAGGAGACGGAAGGAUCCUUAUGAUAUUGGUGUAUUCAACUUAGAAAAUGGAAGAGUUGUAGAGAGUUACAGGGGAGAUGCUAUACAGUGGUCAAUGCCACCACCCAUUUGGAUUUUGCCAACAUUCAUGUGA